UAUCCGUGUAAAAGACUUCUUUCUAGCUAAAAUAUCUAUUAGACCACAUCAAGUACUAGUCGAUGAUGGUUAGUAUCUUCUAAUACAUAUGGACCAAACACAGACUUUUCAACUGUGGAAAUGUUUCCUCGAUUCUUCUAUAUUUUCUUUUUCUUUUUUCCCUAAAUUAAUUUCGUGUGUCUUUCAAUAUUAUAUAUAUUCUCACUAAAACACACAUAUACCUUCCAAAUUUCUCAUUGAUGAAAAAAUAAUUAACACUUUCCAUAUCGAUCUCUCUGGGAAAUAUAAAAAACGCUCGAUCUCUUUUGAUACGAGACGUACGUGAAAGUGAUCAUUAAUAAAGAAGAAAGAAGAAAAUGGUAGUGACUACUAUGCUGAACUACUACUUGUUUGUUAUCAUAACUGGAUGGUUCUUAAUGUCAAGGUCGUCAACAGUACUAGCUAUACUUGUCAAACCUGGUUGUCAAGAAAAGUGCGGAAACAUAACUAUCCCAUUCCCAUUCGGAAUUGGAUCGUCCAAUUGUUAUUUUGACAAAUGGUUCGAAAUCUCAUGCCACAACUCUGUGCCUUUCCUCAAACACAUUCAACUACAACUACAGGUACUUAACAUUUCGUUAUAUGAUGAUGGUGUGUACAAUGACGAAUGGGUUCGGGUGAGAAGCCCCGUCAGUUUCUUCAACUGUGCAAAUAAGAUAAGCAAAAAAUCAGCAAAUUUAACAGGAAGCCCCUUCUACUAUACUUCUUACAAUGACUUCAUUGCAGUAAGUUGUGGUCUUGUUGCCAAGUACGAAAUAAGGAGCGGUAUCAGGGUCGUCCAGGAUGGGUGCAGUAGCAGCAACUCCACAUGCUCGUCAUCAUCAUCAUCCAAUAGUAUUGAUUUUAGUAAUUGCGACGAUGGCGUUAAAUGUUGUCGUACUUCUUUCUCUAUGGGUAGUGGUGGCAGCUUUGAAAUCUCCAUGGAUAUUGAUUCUUCUACGACUCAUGCAACAAAUCGUGAUAACGAAUAUUGCAAAUAUGCGUUCGUGAUAGAUCGUUCUGAAAUUGAUAAAUACAAAACAUCCCAUGAUGAUUUGGAUUAUUAUGUUCCCACCCUACUAAGUUGGUUCCUUAAUGAUACGUAUUUCGACAUAUUUAAAACACAUGUUAUCCCAACCAGAUCCAGAUCUAGCAACUUCUACUGCGACAGCUAUAAUGGUACUUUAAAUUCCUCUCUAGAUAGGAUAUACAGCUGUCGCUGCGGUUAUGGAUUUCGAGGGAAUGCGUACAUUCAGGAUGGGUGUCAAGAUAUUAAUGAAUGCAAUGAUGAGAAAACCCCGAAUCUAUGUCAUGGAGGCAGUACUUGCGUCAACACAAUGGGGGGAUAUCGUUGUAGUUACAAGCACAAAUUUAUCUUUAUAGGAGUUGGGAGUGCUCUUGGAGUCUUAGUACUUGUUUUUGGUACAUGGAGACUAUACAAAUUCAUAAUGAAAAGAAAAGAAAUUAAACAGAAGAAAACAUUUUUCAAACGAAAUGGUGGCCUUUUGUUGGAACAACAAAUACACUCGAGUGAAAACAAUGUCGAGCAAACCAAGUUGUUCGAUGCAAAAGAGUUAGAGAAGGCAACAAAUAAUUUUUGCAUAGACAGAGUUCUUGGACAAGGAGGUCAAGGCACUGUGUACAAAGGAAUGUUGGAAGACGGAAAGAUUGUUGCGAUAAAGAAGUCUAAAAUAAUUGAUGAAGCCAAACUAUCUGAAUUCAUUAAUGAGGUUGUUAUUCUUACGCAAAUCAAUCAUAGAAAUGUUGUCAAGCUGUUGGGAUGUUGUUUGGAGACAGAUGUUCCACUUCUAGUUUAUGAAUUUGUCUCAAACGGAACGCUUUCUGAGUAUAUUCAUGACAAAAAUGCAGAGUUUCCUUUUACAUGGAGCAUGCGAUUACGAAUUGCAACUGAGAUUGCGGGAGCUCUCUCAUACUUACACUCAGCAGCUUCUUUUCCAAUUUAUCAUCGAGAUGUUAAGUCUACAAACAUACUCCUUGAUGAAAAAUUGAGAGCAAAAGUUGCAGACUUUGGUACAUCAAGAACUAUUUCCUUAGAGCAAACUCACUUGACCACUUUAGUUUAUGGCACAUUUGGUUAUCUAGAUCCUGAAUAUUUUCAAUCUAGUCAAUUUACCGAUAAAAGUGAUGUUUAUAGUUUUGGAGUGAUUCUUGUUGAGCUCUUGACUGGACAAAAAGCAAUAUCUACAGCAAGAUCAGUGGAAGGAAGAAGUUUGGCGACAUAUUUUAUAAUGACAAUGGAGGAAAAUAGCAGUAGUCUGUUCGACAUUCUUGAUGGUCAAGUUCUCAAAGAAGCGCCAAAAGAAGAGAUCGUAGUUGUUGCUGAUCUUGCACAGAGAUGCUUACAUUUGAGCGGAAGGAAUCGACCUACCAUGAAAGAAGUAGCAAUGGAGCUAGAGAGGAUACAAGUCAUUGAUAAUAAAGAUGCAAAGGGUAGUCAACAUGAUUAUGAAGAGCUAGCAUAUGCACAACCUGAAGUUAUAGACUACUCUUGGAAUGCUUCCACAUCAUCAACUUUUGUUAGCAAUGCAUCUAGUUCUUCGUUGCAUCAAGAAUUACCAUUAUUAAAAGCUCUCAGCUCACAUUAUUCUCAAGCACCCCACUGAGGUUUAUCAUCCAAAAUAAUAUUUUGGAGUCUCUCUUUAUCGUUGGUUCAACAAUGGAUUUUGUUUGGGUGAUAUUGUUGUCAUUUUGCAGAAAUAUAUUGCCUUUGGAAACAUCUUUGAGGCUCUGGUUUUGAUGAGUUGGACUUUAUUGUAUGGAGUUAUCAACAUUUGAAUUCAUGAGACUUUGUUAUGAACAUUUUAUAUAUGGACUUUAUUAUAUAUGUACGAGACUUUGAAUAUUUUAGACUUGAAGACUUUUAUAAGUGUGAGAUUUUAGAUAAUUUAGACUUGUAAUUUUUAUGUUGAAUUAUGUAUGUUGUAGAUUUUAUUA